GUCUUCACAGGUGAUCACAACGCCAUUUUAUUUCGUGAAGGUCUUACAAUAAGUUACAAAUUGUGACUUUAUCACCAUGGAAGAUGGUACACAGUUUCUGCAGAGCUCCUAUAAGACAUUUGUUGAAAAAAUGAAUAAACCUUCUCUGAAGCAAUUAUUGGACUAUCUUUACCAAGAGGAUAUGCUAACAGAGGCUGAAAAGGAUGAAAUAGAAGCAAGGGAAACACAGUCGGACAAAAACAGGAAUGCUUUUGCUAUCAUCAUUAACAAGGGAAACAAAGUCCACGAAACUGUAAUUCAGUACCUGAAAGAUAAUCAUAAACAUGAAUAUGAAGCCAUGGCCAAAGCAGCUGAGAAAAAGAAGAUGAGAUUUGGACAGAUGCAAGCAAGCACAGGAAGCCAGUCGGAUAUAGAGAAAUACACAGAUGAGCAUUUGGAGGAAAUAAUCAAGAAUUUGACGAAGGAAGUGGGAAGUAUAGAAGUAAAACGAAUUGAAAAUGAAGUGAAAGAUAACGUUUUAAAAAAAAUGUGGGCCUUUCCUCCCAGCACGGUGCACGCGAUCUCUAAAGAUAAAGACAUAAACAGUUUCCUGACAAAAGAGGCUUCUGAAUGUAGUGGCAAGGCUUUUCCAUUGACCAAAGUGAUUGGUUGUUUAUUUAUAAGAAGGGCAAAAGCUAAAACAAAUCCUCAGGUGGACACAUCAAAUAAUUCUUCAAAUGAAAGUGAAUCAAUGGAGGACAGUAUAGAGGAGAGUUUAACGGAGAGCAGGCAAGAGAACAGCCCAACUGGAGGCAAGUCCAUGGGGACUCACUCACAGAGUGAUAUGCGUGAAACCCUCAGGGACAAUAACCCCAUAAAUAAUGAUUCAAAAGACAACUGCCUAAAUCCACCAGAAUCAAUUAAUUCAGAGGCCAGCAACACAGGCCAGGGAGGUUCAUUAGACAGUGGCGUUUCAUCCCUGUCACAAAAUAAUACUUCUAAGGAAGAAAUCUGUGACAUGGAGACACAGCAGUCCUCUGUCACAGUAGAUGAUAGUCGUCCUGCCUUCACAGAAGACGUGCCAAUAUCUGAAGCCUUUGGGAAGGGCCUACCUGCCAUUAAAACACUCCCACAAAGGUCAGAAAAAAUGCAAAACAAAAGUGUAAAUAAGAAUGAUGAUACAUCACUAAGAAAGAGUCAGUUCAGUGGCACAGCAAAUCCCAUCCCAACUGAAAAUGCAUCACCAGAAAUCUCAGGAGAAGUUAGAACUAUGGUGAAAAGUGACCCAAAGGAUGAUGAGCACUCUGACAAUCGUGUAAAUCAAGCCUCUGCUGAUGCAGAUGUCGAUUCUUCUGUGUGCAAAAAAAACAUAAAUAAUUAUUCAAAAGACAACUGCCUAAAUCCACCAGAAUCAAUUGAUUUAGAGGCCAGCAACAACUUACUCACUUUGACAGGCCAGACAGGUUCAUUAGACAGUGGCGUUUCAUCCCUGUCACAAAAUAAUACUUCUAAGGAAGAUAUCUGUGACAUGGAGACACAGCAGUCCUCUGUCACAGUAGAUGAUAGUCGUCCUGCCUUCACAGAAGACGUGCCAAUAUCUGAAGCCUUUGGGAAGGGCCUACCUGCCAUUAAAACCCUCCCACAAAGGUCAGAAAAAAUGCAAAACAAAAGUGUAAAUAAGAAUGAUGAUACAUCACUAAGAAAGAGUCAGUUCAGUGGCACAGCAAAUCCCAUCCCAACUGAAAAUGCAUCACCAGAAAUCUCAGGAGAAGUUAGAACUAUGGUGAAAAGUGACCCAAAGGAUGAUGAGCACUCUGACAAUCGUGUAAAUCAAGCCUCUGCUGAUGCAGAUGUCAAUUCUUCUGCGUGUAAAGAAAGCAGUCCAAAAAAAAGAAAGUCCAAAACACAGCAAGAGGAAGAGCAAAAAUCAGGAAAUAGAAAUAAAAAGAGACGUAGUGAAAAAAUAGACAAAUUAAAAACAUAUUUCAAGGAAACAAAUAUUGACAAAGGAUCUACAUUGAAAUGUAUAAAUUACAGAGAACACAAUGAGUGCAGACUGCUUACCGUGCAUGAUAGUAUAGUUUAUUAUGAUGUUAAUAGUAAGCAAGAUGUUCUUCUAAUAACUGAAACUCCCAAGGAAAAAAGCGAUACAUCCAAAGAUAAUCAGUUUUCACACAUUUUAGGAUUACCAAAGCUUUUUGAGUCUCAACUGCAGCUUCGUAUGGGUAUUUUAGGAAACAUCAUAAGAGCACAUGUUCUAUUUAGUGGUAAUAAAAAGCCUCCGUACAAGCUCGGGUAUAAAAAAACCUACUUUUUGGAUGUACUAGAUACAUUCAAAAGCUUUGUUGUUGAGAUCCUCAUUCCAGUCCUCGCAGUGUACAAACAAUCCCAGAAGGAAACAAUUUUAAAGGACUUUGAAUAAGAUUAUGUACUGUAACUAUGUCUUCUACACUCAUGACUUUCAUAGAAAAUCCAAUGUAACUGAGUAUAACCUUUGUACAAACGUGUAGAAAACAACAGUGUAAAUCUGAAGUUUCCUUGAAGCUGAAAUUUCUCAUCACCUUCUUGUGACAGCUGGUUGGGCAUGUUGCAGUAGGAGCUUUAGAAUAGGCAGCUCCAGGUCAGCAUAUAUACUGUAUGCUCCAAACACACAAGGUAUAAAAAAGGGUAUAAAAUUCCCAUGCAAAUAAUUUACAGUACAAGGAAUCAAAUCGAAUACCAAAACAAAAUAAGCGCUCCUAUCUGAGGUAAUGACUACAUUUUUCCACUAGUCUCUAACUAGCAUAUUGGACAGCUAAACUGCUCAAAGCAGACAGCUCUAAUACCUGGUCUCCACAGAGACUCUUCAAAACUUCCAAACAAAGUAUCUUCCCAAAAUGUCAGCAUUCGGUCAGUUCUUCUCCCUCCGAUGACUGGACCACACAGGGCAGUCCAUCUUCUGUCCUCUUGACAGCAAACAUCAUUCUGCUGAGUAAGAGAGAAAGCCUCCGUUUCCUGAUUUUUAAACAGCCACCUGCCCAGUUGUCUUCCAGCAACUGGUCAGGUGUCUGAGAGCAGCAGCUCAUUCCCCCCUCAGAGGUUUCUGGGAAAUGUAGUCUCAAUAUUCUCAUUGCACUUGUACUCCUUAAUGCGCUCCUGUUUAACAUGAUACAUAUAGGUUAUCUCCAAAGGAAGAAGUAAUAGGUUUAUUCCAUGCUGUAAAGAGAAGAAAGAAAAUGCAACGUUUAGGCUGUGGAGCCUUCUAUGCAUAUUCUGUAUCAUGAUCUUUCUCUUUUAAUUUUGUACUUCAUCUGCAUUGUACAGUAUACUGCUCUUGCUGAACUAUGUGACUUCAAUACUGUUGCGGUGCUGUUGUAAGUCAUUGUAUCCUUAUAAUUACUUGUAAAUAACCUUGGAGAACAGUACACAUCGAUGAAGAAUAAUUAUUGAACAUGUUAAUAUUUUACAAUUUCUAAUUAACAUAACAGUAAUUAACACAUUAAGUAAUCAAAAGACAGAUUAAUUUGAUGUUGAAAAGACAUUUAAUGUAUUUUCCCAUAUUAUAAUGUUCUAGAAAUUUCAAAUAAGUUAAGGAGACUUUCACAGCCACUGAAAAAACUUCUGUUUCUUAGGUAUUUCUUUUCAAUUUGAUCAGUAACAAUAACUGUAAUAUAGAGAACUGUGAAAACAACGUUUCAAAGUGAUUUACAAAUACGUUAAAGCUGGAAAGGUCUUCAUUUGAAGGGCUUUAGGUUUCAUCUCCGCUAUCGAUAAGUUUACAAAUUUAGAAAAAAGCCACAGCAUGCUUUUUUAUCAUCUUUCAUGACUGCUUGUUACUCCAAGCUUUUAGAAUCUUAAAUAUAACCACAUUUUUACAAGAAAGGAGUGGUCCUCUCUAAGCCUCUCUAGGACUGGGCAAGGUCCGUGUCUCGCCAGCCUCUGUAGGGGGAGGAUCAGUGCAGCCCAUUGUCUGUGUUCCUCUGUGUCCCAGUGGAAUGAAACAAACUCUACAGCACAUCCUAGAGGACUGCCCACUCCACAGAGUCACCGGAGGACUCCACACACUUAGCUCUGCAGGGUCCAGAGCUCUCACUUGGCUCCUAGACUUUGCAUUUGCUAAAUAAACUGUGAGUAACUUGUUCACUUGUGAACAAACUGUGAUCUGCGGUGAUUCAAGGUUUUGCAACAAGUUUAUGCCUACAGACGUACUACAAAGAGGAAAACAGGUGGUUGGGUAAAGGUUGGGAAGCAGGUGUUUCCUAUGCUGCAGCCCUGCUUUGGACAUUUGAAGGUUACUUGAGUGUUUGGCUCCGUCAGGGGCCAUGUUUAACCCAUGAACUAGUCCCCAGAUCAGAAUAUCCCACUAAAUUUACCGGAGUCACCAGACCUGUAUCACAGUGCACAGACAUUGACAGCUAGUGCUAAAGUGGCUUAGAGCAUCACUACUAUAUACUAUUACAUUGUCUGUUUUGUUCUGCAUGUUUUGGUUGUAUCAAUAAAUGAUAUAUUGUUUAUUUA